AUGGUGUUCAACGGCGGGAGUGUUAUGUCGGUAGCCCUUUUGUCGGCUGAUAUUUGGCAGCGAGCAAGGAUGAUACCACCGUCGGACCGCAUAAGCAGCCGGGAAAUGCUUGACCUUGUCUGCUUAUUCCCGCUACAGGAACUGGGUCGAUUCGCUGUGUGGUUUUUGACCGUUCUCUGUCUUCCUCCGCCAGGUUUGCUUUAUCCUGAAGUUGACGAAGAAGAAGAAGACGAUCGUGAUGAUCACGCUUUCGCUUAUAGAUCAUCUUCAGCUAGCAUCGCUACAUAUCAGAAUCACUUCCAUCUGCAUUUUGAGUGA